GCGCAGGUGCGCGCAUGCGCCCUGGGCGGAGGGGCGCGCGUUGGCAGGUGUUGGGGCUGGGCGUCGGCGGGCAAUGGGGUUGUUGGCGCUGCUGCUCAUCGCGCUGUGCGCGCCGGGCGCCCGAGGGCUCUAUUUCCACAUCGGCGAGACCGAAAAGCGCUGCUUCAUCGAGGAAAUCCCCGACGAGACCAUGGUUAUCGGGAACUACCGCACCCAAAUGUGGGAUAAGCAGAAGGAGAUCUUCCUACCCUCGACCCCCGGCCUGGGCAUGCAUGUGGAGGUGAAGGACCCUGAAGGCAAGGUGGUGCUGUCCCGGCAGUAUGGCUCCGAGGGCCGCUUCACCUUCACUUCCCACACUCCUGGUGACCAUCAGAUCUGCCUGCACUCCAACUCUACCAGGAUGGCUCUCUUUGCUGGCGGCAGACUGCGUGUGCAUCUAGACAUCCAGGUCGGGGAGCAUGCCAACAACUACCCCGAGAUUGCUGCCAAGGAUAAACUGACAGAGCUGCAGCUCCGAGCCCGCCAGUUGCUGGAUCAGGUGGAACAGAUCCAGAAGGAGCAGGAUUACCAAAGGUAUCGUGAAGAGCGCUUCCGUCUGAUCAGUGAGAGCACCAACCAGAGAGUCCUGUGGUGGUCCAUCGCUCAGACCGCCAUCCUCAUCCUCACUGGCAUCUGGCAGAUGCGUCACCUCAAGAGCUUCUUUGAGGCCAAGAAGCUGGUGUAGUGCCCUCUCCAUAUGACCCUUUCCUGUCACCUCAGUUGUUUGGUACUUUCCCCACCCAAUACCUUAUCCAUCUGGAUUUUGAGGGAAGAAACAGUGAAAAAAAGAAUAUAAGCCACAUUGGUUCCAUGGCAACAAAGCAUUCAGAUCAGCCACUUGUUAACAACACUGGUUCUCAAGGACACAGGACAUUGGUCCAAGCUUUCAAAGAUCUGUCUUGGGGUUUGUGGGGAGUCAGAACUGACCCAGGACUGUCUUGCUGCUUUCGCCACUAGUGAUUCCUCUCCAUCCUGUCACAAAAUGAGCAAAUGUCUCUCCUACUGCUUUAACCUCUCUCUUCGUCUGCUUAGAAAGUAGGCGACCAAAAUGCCCCACCGAGGAGGCCCCACCUCACUGCUCCCGUCAGUCCUGGGUUCACUCAGUGGCUUCGUGAAUGUAAAUAAGGGGCAAAGGCCCCAGAGGAUUGAAAUGUUUUUCUAUAUAUUAGAACUAUUUUUUGAUAAAAUUAUAUAUUUUCCUUCCUA